AUGGAGGACAAGAAGCAUAUGCAGAUGAUAAUCAAAGAGCAUAUCAGUCUUGGACUCAUUGAACCUGGAGUCUCUAUCUAUAGCAGCCCUGGAUUUCUGGACAAUAUUGUGGAGAAAAUCCGAAAUUUUCCAGACGUACUCAAAGACAAGAAGCAUUUGAAGAGCUUCUUGGGAGUUGUCAAUUUUACAGGUAUCUUUAUUAAGGAUCUUGCAAGAUACAGAAAGGAUUUCCGACCACUCUUGAAAGAAACUGAAAGUUCAAAGUCGAAAUGGGAAGAAAUCCACACAAAAUGGGUUCGGGAGCUAAAACAGAUUUGCAAUACCUGCUAA